CCUUUCUCCUUGUUUCUCGUUUGCUUUCCAAUAAACUUUCUUGAAAUAUUGUUCAGAAACUCUGUUAAUGUGAGUUAAUGUAUCUAUUUACAGUGUCAUUGUGCAACAGUCCUGUUAUUUUGAUAAAGUUAUUGGGGAAAUUGUUGUUAUUCUUGGUAUUUAGAAACUUUAGUGUCGUACAUUUGGAUCUUCAUCAAUUGCAAAAUGGGCUUCUGUUGUCUUCAAUAUGGUCCCGGAAUUAAGUGGUGGUCAGACAUAUUUAUGUAGUCCAUGUGCUUGAUUCUUGAUUUUGAUGGGUUGGAUGAGUGAAAUGCUUUUCUUUGUUACUUUGCCAUGUGGAUUGUGAACCCAUUAAGAAUUUAUCGAUGAAAAGUUCACUUGUUCAAAAAAAAAAUUAUUUUGAUUUUCUGAUUCUGAAAAUAUGAAAAGUUCGCUUAUUUUAGUCCUUGCAUGCACCAUGGGGGAGCAAAUUGUGUAACAAAAUCCCUUGUUGCCCAGUUGCAUUCUGAAGUUUUUUGGUGGUUCAGUGGUUGAUGUACCUUUGGAACAUUCAGGUUGAUUAUGUGGUUUUUAAGUUGAGCUGAUAAAUCGAGCAUCUAUUGCUCAGUGGUUGAUGUACCUUUAGAAAGAGACUGAUGUUGCUUUCAGGCAAUUUGUGGUUUUUAAAUUGAGAAACUUAUGAGAAACCAUUUGAAAAUUUAGCUGAUUGGCUUGGUUAGUUUGAAACCAUUGAGAAACUUAUCUCCAUCUUUCAUUUCAAGUCUAUAUCUAAGGUUAUAGGAGUGUGGUCUCUCUUUUUCAGAAUUGUUAGUUCCUUAUUGUCUAUACUUCACAUUGGUUGAUCGAGUACCUGAUAAAGGUUGAGGAAGGGAAGGGGGAAAGGAGGACAACCAGGUGUUUCCAUUUUGAAAUUGGUUUGAGGUUUGACUUGUUCCAUAACUGCUACUCUUUUGAUGUGUAGUUUGACAGGCAGAUAAAUUGCAUGUAAGGGAAGGAAAUAUUUUACUUGUUAAAUGAAACAGUCAAUCUAAAGCGAUGAAAAAGGUUGAAAGAUGGUAUCCCCAUACUUAUUAGCUCAGCAGAGGAUUAAAGGAGAGUGACAAUAGUCUCUGUAUCACUUAUUAAUCCACGUCGGAUUGAGAGAAUGGCAGCCACACUGAGAUGGGUGCUGCAGCUACACAAGGACGUGCCAAAAGCAGCAAAGCUCUACUCAGAGGGAUUGGGCUUCACCGUCAACGUGUGCACUCUCCGUUGGGCUGAACUUGAACUCCAACCAGGCCCUCUCAAGCUUGCACUUUUGCACUCUCCCACAUCCAGUUUGCAGAAGGGGUACUCAUCACUACUAUCCUUCACAGUAACCGACAUUAGUAGUACAGUGACAAAACUAAUGGCUUUGGGUGCGGAGUUAGAUGGUCCAAUCAAAUAUGAGAUUCAUGGAAAGGUUGCUGCUAUGAGGUGUUUGGACGGCCACAUGUUAGGCCUUUACGAACCAGCCUGACGGCAUCCAAGGACCGCUUGCCUGCAUCAAAUCAUGCUUAACCAUUUUCUUUUAUUGCCAUGUUGCAAAAUUGCUGCUCAGUGUAAAAUACCAAUUUUUCAUUGGCAUAGGAUUUAUGGAUGGUAUUCUGCUUUCUGAAAGCUACCACAGAAGUGAGAUAGUUGAAGAGCAUUUUGCACAGCUGAUUUUUGGUGCAUUUGGCAUGUUUGUGGCAAGUGUCACAAAUUUCAUUGGCAUGAGAUUGCACAGAGAAUUUGCCAGCUCUUCAACUUGACUGGAAAUUAUCAGAGGGAUUUGCUUGUGUGGUUGUUUAGAGGAUGAUGCAUCUAGUCUUUAACUUUGAUUUUAAUCUGCAAGCUGAAGACUUGUAUCACCACACUCAUGUCCACAAGUACCAGCUGGUAGGAAUCUAACAUCAUAUAUGAUGGUAAAGAUAAAGAAUCAAUAUUUAAAUUUUUAGUUAUACAUUUUCUUACUCAACGUGAACUGAUGUUUUUGUAAGAAUAGCAUUAGUGUUUGUGAUCAUGUCUUUCCCCUCCACAUUUUGGUUUUAUGUUUGUCUCAAUAAUUUUCUUAGAACUGUAAAUAAAUGUAUGAAGUGGAUUUGACUUUGUA